AUGGCAGCAAUUCCAGUAUCAGAAAUACCAGAUUGUGAAAAGCAGGAGCUUUUAUGUACAUAUGCUGCUUUAAUAUUACAUGAAGAGAAAAUGAGCAUAACUAGUGAAAAUAUUGUGAAACUUAUUAAAAAAUCAAAUAACACAGUUUUGCCAUACUUACCAAUGCUUUUUGAAAAAACAUUAAAAGGAAAAGAUAUUGAGGGAUUAUUAAGUAACUUGAGUAUUGGAGGAGGUGCCCCAUCAUCCGGAACACAAGCCACAGCGGAUAAACCUAGUGAAGAUAAAAAGGAAUCCAAAAAAGAAGAGAAAGUAGAAGAGGAAGAAGAAGAAGAUGACUUAGGUUUUUCAUUAUUUGGUUAG